GUUUUGCUGUGCAUCCAGGAGUCCACACAGGAGAAUAAGAUGAAGAUUAAAUUGAACGGUGCUGAUUUAAAAAGAACAGAGAUGUUUGCGGAAGGAACUCAUAACUGGGCAGGAGGUGUGGUUGUUAUUUGAAUAUCAGGUGGAGAGAUGGUGAUAUCUGGUGUUACCCAGGGCUGAGAGUCAGACAGAGAGAGUCAGACAGCAGCCUGGACGUUUAAGGCUCACAAUGUGGUACCUCCUUGCACUGGGCUGCCUUUUCUUCCCCUCUCUGUUCAUCCUCACCCGGCGAUUCUUGCAGAAAAACUUUCCCAGCUUAACAGAUGUAGACACUGUCAACAUCAGCGUCAGAUUUGUUUCCUCCGUGCAAGCUGUGAUGGCAACGUUUGCUGGCUUCAUCAUCACUUCCUCCUGCAAGCAUGUGAUGAAAGAUAGGCAUUGGAUUUCCACAAACUAUGUGGUGUUUGCUGCACCGUACAUGGCUUACGAUAUUUAUGCCAUGUACCUAUCUCACUGGUUCAAGCAGAAGGCAAAACAUCGCAACGGGUUAAAGAGUUCAUCCACUAACAUUGUGAUAGACUUUCUGAAGAAAAACUUCCUGAUGGUGCUGCAUCAUUCCGCACUGUUAUUUGUCUGCUUCCCCAUUAUUGUGUAUUACAGAAAGGGCCUUGGAGACUUCUUCCUGGGAUGUUUGUUCGUGGCUGAACUGAGUACACCAUUUGUCUCAUUUGCGAAAAUACUCAAACGGUUCAGAAAGCAGAACACAUUGCUCUACAAGGUCAACGGUGUCAUCUUGCUGGUGACAUUCAUCCUCUGCCGUAUCCUCGUGUUCCCCUACAUGUACUGGGCCUACGGCAAGCAGUAUGGGAUUCCGGCCCACCUUGUCCCUUUCCACAUCCCCCUGCACUGCACCUUGGGGAAUGCCAUGCUGAUGGCUCCUCAGGUUUACUGGCUCAGUCUGAUCAUUGGGAAGGCAGGGAAGACUGUGAAGAUGGAAUGAGAUGACAACGAGGAAGAUGCUGCUGUUGUUCCCACAUGCAGGAAUGCAGUGACUCUCUCGCAGAAUGAUGCUGAAUGUGUGUUUUGGAAAUAUUACUCUUUUGUUUUUACAUACUGAGGUGAUUUUGCUCAUCUGGCUGGCCUGACUAUUACCAGUGUUUAAUGGGAAUUUCAUUGACAAUCUCUCUUUGGACGCAUUAAAUUGGACGCACCUCAAUUUCUGCUACAGACUGCUGGCAGCUGGUGUUGAUAAAAUUACCCCAUUUUUAUUUUGAUAAUGACAGAAGAUUCUAUUUGAUAUAUAUUUUAUAAAGUAUAUUGUGAUUUAUUUAAUAAAGAUUAUAAACUUAGUUGUUCUCAAUGUUACAGACGGGUUUGAAAUUUGUUAGUAAGCAGUACCUGCUCGAAUGUAAAAUCUGACAAUGUAGU